AUGUCACUUUCAGAUAAAGAAUUGUUUGAAUUGAACAAGAAAGCCGUCACUGAAGGUUUCAAAAUCAGUCCUAGAAUUAAUUACAAUACCGUUGGUGGUGUUAAUGGUCCAUUGGUCAUUGUUGAUAAUGUCAAGUUCCCCCGUUUCAAUGAAAUUGUCAAUUUAACAUUACCCGACGGGUCAGUUAGACAAGGUCAAGUUUUGGAAAUUAGAGGUUCAAAAGCCAUUGUUCAAGUUUUUGAAGGUACUUCGGGAAUUGAUGUCAAAAAAACAAGAGUUGAAUUUACUGGAGAGAAUUUGAAAAUCCCUGUGAGUGAGGAUAUGUUGGGUAGAAUUUUUGAUGGAUCAGGUAGACCUAUUGAUAAAGGGCCCAAGAUUUUCGCUGAAGAAUAUUUGGAUAUUAAUGGAUCACCAAUUAACCCAUAUGCUCGUAUUUACCCCGAAGAAAUGAUUAGUACUGGUAUUUCUGCUAUUGAUACUAUGAAUUCUAUUGCUAGAGGACAAAAGAUUCCUAUUUUCUCAGCCUCGGGUUUACCACAUAAUGAAAUUGCGGCUCAAAUUUGUAGACAAGCAGGUUUGGUUCGUCCAACUAAAGAUGUUCAUGAUGGCCAUGAAGAAAAUUUCUCAAUUGUGUUUGCGGCAAUGGGUGUUAACUUGGAAACCUCAAGAUUUUUCAAACAAGAUUUCGAAGAAAAUGGAUCAUUAGAAAGAACUUCAUUGUUUUUGAACUUGGCUAAUGAUCCUACAAUUGAGAGAAUUAUUACUCCUAGGUUGGCAUUAACUACUGCUGAAUAUUUGGCUUAUCAAACUGAAAGACAUGUGUUGACUAUUUUAACCGAUAUGUCGUCUUAUGCUGAUGCGUUGAGAGAAGUGUCUGCUGCUAGAGAAGAAGUUCCAGGUAGAAGAGGUUAUCCUGGUUACAUGUAUACCGAUUUGUCAACAAUCUAUGAAAGAGCAGGUAGAGUUGAAGGUAGAAAUGGGUCCAUUACUCAAGUUCCAAUCUUGACUAUGCCUAACGAUGAUAUUACCCAUCCAAUUCCUGAUUUGACUGGUUAUAUUACUGAGGGACAAAUUUUCGUUGAUAGACAAUUACAUAAUAGAGCUAUUUACCCACCAAUUAAUGUGUUGCCAUCAUUAUCACGUUUGAUGAAAUCGGCAAUUGGUGAAGGAAGAACAAGAAAAGAUCAUGGUGAUGUAUCUAAUCAAUUGUAUGCUAAAUAUGCCAUUGGUAAAGAUGCUGCUGCUAUGAAGGCUGUUGUUGGUGAAGAAGCAUUGUCAACUGAAGAUAAAUUGUCAUUGGAAUUCUUGGAGAAGUUUGAAAAGAAUUUUAUUAAUCAAGGUGCUUAUGAAAAUAGAACAAUUAUUGAGUCAUUGGAUCUUGCUUGGUCAUUGUUACGAAUCUAUCCAAGAGAAUUGUUGAACAGAAUUAGUCCAAAGAUUUUAGACGAAUAUUAUGGAAGAGAUAGAGGUGAUGACGAUGAUGACGAUGAAGAAGAUGGUGACGAUGAUGACGACAAAAAGAAGGAUACAUUGAUUGAUGCUUAG